AUGGCUGCAACUUCGUCUCUGUUCCUCCGCUUCUCCCCAUCCAAAACCCAAACCCUACUCCCACCGUCAAAUCCAAAAUCCAGCCGCCGCCACCAUUGCUCCACUCCCUUCCUCCCACCAGCCGCCACCACCACCCGCACCCUCUCCCCAAUUCACAACCUCCGCCUCUCCCACCGCAAACCCAUCACCACCGUCACCGCCCGCCUCUCCGGCAACAGCAACACCACCACCCCGGCCACCGAUCGCCUAAUCGCCGCCGUCGCCUACACCCUCCCCUUCUUCAACUCCCUCCAGUACGGCCGCUUCCUCUUCGCCCAGUUCCCUUCCGUCUCCGCCCUCCUCUUCGAGCCCCUCGUCCCUUUGCUCUCCCUCUACCGCUCCCUGCCCUACGCCAGCUUCGUCGCCUUCUUCGGCCUCUACCUCGGCGUCGUCAGGAACCCGAAUCUCAGCGACUACGUCAGGUUCAACGCGAUGCAGGCGCUCACCCUCGACGUCCUCCUCGUCCUCCCGCUCCUCUUCGGCAGGAUCUUCAACCCGGGUCGAUCUGCUCUCGCCGUGAAGUUGAUUGUCUGGGGUCAUAACGCCGUCUUCUUGUUCACCUCGUUAUGCUUUGUCUAUGGCUUGGUGAGUAGUCUCUUGGGGAGAACCCCUUAUCUCCCUUUUGUUGCUGAUGCUGCCCGCAGGCAAAUGGGGUAG